AUGGCUUCCCCGUCCAGCUCUCCCAGGCUACCCAGCCCGCCGCCCAUCGCCGAAGACCAGAUCUCACCCAGCGCAGGUCUCGACAGCGAAGAGAGGAUGCUGGGCGCUUCGCACAAGGCCGAUGUCGACGCACAGAGGAGAAUCAGGCCUGGCACAAAGGCCGAGGACAUGCAAGAAGGACCCCCACUGGUCGAGCUCCAGCAAAUCGAUUCGGCCUUCCAACUGACCGAGCACCUCAAAGCCCUGCACAACGAGCACACGCAAUCAUGCCGUAUCGCCAUAGACAAAGCCACGGCGCAAUCGCUAGCCCAACCACCGCCCGGAGUCGACCGUGGAAUCUGGUUGUACGAGCUGUGUCGCUUCCUCACACAAAAGGCAAACAUGAUGGCCUGCGGUCUCUUCGCCGACGACCCUCCUUGCUCGGCUGCCACGUGUCCCGAAAUGCGCGCGAGCGAAUGGCAGUACCUCUGCGCCGCCCACGAACCUCCCAAGUCAUGUUGCGCCAUCGACUAUUGCUGCCAUACUCUCGACUGGUGCGCAACCGCCCUGACGUCUACCAAACUCUUCCCCAGCAGACUCGGCUUGGGCACUGAGACGCUCUCGGCUCAAGCCCAGAUCCGUAAGAUGACCGAAGUCUUCCGCCGUGUAUAUCGCAUCUUCGCACAUGCCUGGUUCUCACACAGAGACGUCUUCUGGAGAGUCGAAUCCAAGACGGGCUUGUACCUCUUGUUCAAGACCGUCUGCGACGAGUAUCGCUUGAUUCCCGAAGACAACUACACCAUUCCGCCCGAGGCCGAGGGCAUCGAGACCACUCCUGUCGCUACUCGUGCAGUCCCUAACCUCCUGCAGAGAGACUCUGCUGACUCAGAGCCUGUCGGAAACGCCACGCUUGCCACAGGAAAUACCACAAAGAGGCACAGACACACCAUGAGCCACGAUCGGUCUGUGUCUGUUUCGACCGUUAUCCAUGAAGAGGUUGAGGAGGACGAAGACCCCGAACAACCCACUGGACAUGGCCCUCUUUUGCUCACACGAGUCGAAACUGCCCGACACGAGGAGGAAGCUGCUGCUGCACAACAAGCACAAGAACAGGAGAAAGAACAAGAGAUACCCGCAGAAGAUCCUCCGCCCUAUGCAGAAGAAUCUGUCGCAGAGCAAUCCGAGAAGACACGACCGAAAGAAGAAGAGUCAGCCCCCAACCUCGAGGCUGAUGCUGGAGAGGCUUCCACAUCAAACUCCACGCCAGAUGACGAAAUGGAAGACGAACAAACGACAAGUGAAUAUCCAUCAAGCGAUCCACCUUCGUACGCAGAGAUAGCUUCGGCUGCCAGUACAUCGGAGACACCAAACGACACUUCCUCUACCUCUGCUGACAGUGAUGAGCCGACCACAGAUCCAGCAUCUCCUGUAGAGGCAGAAUCGACAGAAACAUCUGUACAGAACGCGACCGAAGACACGAAGACGGAAGAGACGGAGCUCAAAGCCGAAACAGAGACUACAGAAGUGUCAAAGGAAUCUGCAGUCGAGGCAGAGGACGUAACUGCUCCCGACCCCGCAGAGGUUGCCAAAGCAGAUGCUGCGGAUGAGACAGAGGCCACAAAGACUGUCGCCGACUGA